AUGCAAGAGUUCGUCAAUUUCCGACCGAAUCAAACCGGUAGAGAAGACGAUUUGCCACCACCGUACGAAGAAUUAGAGAAUAAUUCUCGCCGUGACAUUGUGAUUGAGUUGGCUCCAGAAAGACCUCCCCAAUGUCUUCCAAAACCCAAUAAUCAGCGAAUUUCUGAAGAGCAACCAGAGGAAUCAAAUAAUUCCGGCGACCGGCUUCGAGGAAAGCUUUCUCUGUGCGAGUUUGAAUGUGAGCAGGUAGCUCAAGAUGUUGCUGCGUGUCUGGAUGAAUGCGUCGAGUGUAAUGCAGUUUGCAACGAGGACAACCAUAAAGAUUGCUCAAACGACUGCCACUGCCAGGAACAAUGCGAAAGUCGCUACAUAAAUGAGCAGAUAAAAUGUCAAGACCUUCAAGAUGAAAAUUUGAGUGCUCUCUGCUAUGAGAACGCAUGGGAACUUUACGCAGACUGUAUGCUUGGAAAUUGUGAGACAAUUGUCACUACGACUACAAAAACCACCUCUACGACUUCAACGACAACCACCACAUCGACCAUGCCGCCAUUCGAUGGUGAGUACUACGAUGUUGAUUUCGGCGACUUGGGAACGAUCCGGGGCUAUCUUCACACUGAGUUUCCUGAUGUUGUUGUUAUGCAGGGAAUUCCAUUCAUGAAGCCGCCAGUUGGAGAUCUUCGCUGGAAAGCUCCAAUUAUAGAGCGAGGUCUUGACGGUUACCCGAAAACGCAUAUAAUUGACGGGAAGACUGUCUACUUUGCUACUGAGACUUCGCCAUCUUGCCCUGGCGCGUUCGAAGCGACUGAUUUCAUGACAGAAGACUGCGCUUACAUUGACAUUUUCGUCCCCAGAAGAGCCAUUGAGAAUAACGAAAUCCUCAAGAUCUUCCUUUACUUUCACGGAGGUGCAUUCAUGGGUGGAUCAAAUCAGGACGUCUCUCCCAUCGAAGGCGCCAUAAUUGCAUCAGAACAGAAUCUAGUUGUGUUGAGCUCAAAUUAUCGUCUUGGUGCUUUUGGAUUUUUGUUUUCGGAGUUCCUUGAUGACAGAAUUAGCCAAGAACAUGGCCUAGAAUACUAUGAAGGAAAAAUUACGUCUGGAAAUCAAGGAUUGAUGGAUCAGCAAAUGGCGAUGAUUUGGACAGCUGAAAAUGCCAAAUUCUUUGCUGGGGACCGUGAAAGCAUCACAAUCGGAGGAAUGAGUGCGGGUGGCCAAAGUAUGCAUGCUCAUCUGGUUAUGCCGAGCAGUCGAAAUUUAUUCCAUAAAGCAAUUGCUUAUUCCGGUCCAAACGGAAUUCCAUUCUACAACAAUGUCGAAGGCGAAGAGAUUUUGCAGGGAAUCGCCAAUCUUGUCCAUUGCUGCGAAGCUCCUGCGGGUGUUCUGCCUCAUUGUCUUGGACCAACGACGUCUGAAAUAAUCUCGUGUAUGAUGGGCAAGUCGGCAAAAGAGAUCAACGCUGCAGCUUGGGAGUUGAAGCAAGUACUGCCUUUUGGAAACUUCGACCGGCCAACAAUCGCUGCAGAACCCUACGCGCCCAUCAUCAAUACAGGCAUGCUCAAGGAAAUGCCAUUUUUUCACUUUCGAAAGGGAGAAAUGCACGACAAGCCCACUAUAAUCGACGUCACUGAUAACGAAGGAUACAUGUUUGUGAACCCGAUUUUUCAGGGCAAAAACUGCCCGAAUACAACUUAUCCAGACUCUCAACAUCUUUGCCAAGAAAGCUGGGAUCUCUUCUUUUCGAAGCUUCUUUCUCCCGAGGACUUCCAAGCGCUCAAAGACUUUGGCUACUACGACUGCCCUGAAGAUGGUUCCGAAUGUAUUCAUAAAGCUGAUGAAUGGCUGACCGAUUUCACCUGGUACUGCAAUAUGAAAAGAUGCAUGACUGAUGGCUAUCCCACCGGCAGCCACAAUCGCGAAACUGGACUCUACUUGGCCCGCAUUAGCCAGCGUCUUCCUUGGCAAUCGAUCGAAGAAGGAGUUUCCCACGGAGCGAGUGAGCACUGGUUCUUCAAUGACACCUUCCGAAGCGACCCAAAAUACGAAGAGGAUGCAAAGUUUCAAUACAGCAUUCAACAGUACAUCGCAAAUUUCAUUCGAACUGGCGACCCAAACAACUAUCUCGGAAACCCACUGGAAUAUUUUCACCAAGAUCAAGUUUACUGGGAACAUUUUGAAAUAAACAAUAAGUUUCUUGACAUUGGCGAUGAAGGUACUCGACGAUUCAAAAUUCAAAUGGAUGAUCCGCGGGCAGAACGAUGUGAUUUCUGGGACUCGCUUGAUCUGUACAUGACUAUUUGA